CAUUGGAGAGCUGGACGAAAGGGAGGGAUUUAAUGAGCCUGACGCUAUUUUUGUAUCGUUGGAGUUUAAACUUUGCCACCCAGUAGGAAAAAAAAAGAUUUUGGCUGGACAGACGGAGAACGGAGAAGAAAAUAACCGUAUUCAACUUCGCAGCAAGGAAAACCUUUGGGAUUGGAAACAAUUAGCUAAACCGAAUCAACACUGGAGAACACUCUCAGGAGUAGUCAUGGCCUGCCCCAAUCUUGACGGCAUGGAGUUGCUGGAUCUCCUCUUUGACGGGCAGGAUGGAGUCCUUCGCAAUGUCGAGCUGGGAUCCUCAGAGGCCCCUUGGAUGGCACAGGAAGGCAGGGAUUUGCUGAACCCUCAAGAGAACGAUGACUUCAUCAACUCCAUCUUAGGAGCGGCAAACACCGUCCUAGAUUCUCCAAGCUGGUCUCCAGCUGCCAGUGACAGCGGCAUAUCUGAGGAUCCAAAUUCUGAUCAGCUGGACAGCCCUCCACAUUACGUCCCAACCGGAAGCCCAGAGGCCUACUCUGAUGGAAGUUCAGCUGGUGACCUGGCCUACGUCCCGUGUCAGGACUCCUGUCAAGCCUUACCUGUCCUAAAAGGACCAGCCACCGAGCUGAGAGAGAUGGAUGUCUCCAUAGACUUCAAUAUGUGGGCUGCUGGUUUUUAUCCAGAGGAGAGGCAAGUAACAGAUGCCACCCAUCAAAACCCACCCUCCUGCACGCUCACAAUUAAGGAUCUCCUCCUUUCAAACAACUCUGAAAUGCACCAGCAGGCUAUCACCUCCUCAGUGAUGAGACAAGUCCCAGGGACCUGCCAGGAGCUGGUGCUGACCGAGGAUGAGAAAAAAUUGCUGGCUAAGGAAGGUGUGAUGCUUCCGACCCAGCUGCCUCUCACCAAGUAUGAGGAACGGGUUCUGAAGAAGAUCCGUCGAAAGAUCCGGAACAAACAGUCAGCUCAGGAAAGUCGCAAGAAACGGAAGGAAUACAUCGAUGGUUUAGAAAGCCGGAUGUCGGCUUGCACAGCUCAAAAUCAGGAGCUCCAGCGGAAAGUGGUUCACCUGGAGAAGCAGAACUUGUCUCUUCUGCAGCAGCUAAAGAAACUCCAGUCCAUCGUGAUGCAAUCCAGCGGCAAGGCUGCACAAACCAGCACCUGCGUGGCGGUCUUGCUUCUCUCCUUCGCCCUGUUCAUCUUUCCGUCCAUCGGCCCUUUCACCAGCAACAAAGCCGAGACCUCAGGUGACUUCGUACCUGUGAGAGUUUUUUCUAGGUCCCUCAACAACGAUGCAUCAUCUAGAAUUGUCAAUGCCCUGGGCAAGGAGGCCGAGCAGAGUGCCAAGGAGAGCGUCUGGAAGGAGCCAGCUCACCGGGCACACGAUGCUCCCAGCACCUUGAUCAAAGACCUCUUGAAGCUUCAGAAGCAGGCAGAGACCCUGCCGGACAACCACACUGAGGUCUUCGCAGAAGAUAGAGCUGCCCCUUCGGAAGGACUCGGGCCUGAGGUUCCGUAUCCGGUCCAGAAUUUGACCUCGGUGGCAUGGACUGAAUCGGAGCAAUUUGGAAAUGGGGCCUUGGAACAGACGGACGAGCUGUGACCUUCCGUCCGGCUGCUUCCUCUCCCUCGCUGGGCCUGUGUGGACUAAACCAGGAAGGGGAAUGGGGAAGCUGUGUGUAUGUGUGUGUGCAGCAGGGUUACGUCUCUUCUACUCAGGAGGAUGGAAACGAUGUGGAAGAGAGUCACAGUGUGAGAGAGCAAGGGGGCUGAAUCCUCUCAGGAUAUUUGAGGACCCCCCGAAAAAGUCAAGCCGAGCCCCGGUUCCCCUCUUCCAUUUUUAAACCCAGGGGGGGGGGGGGGGGGGGGAAUUCUCCAGGAUGGUGUGGGAGUCUCAAACAGAACUGUAGUUGUGACACCUUCAGGGUCAUUGCAAAGUGUGUCGCGCCCGACAUCCCUCAUAGAACUAAGGGCUUUCAGUGUUUUUAUUACAGGGAAGAUUUGGAGUUUGAAAUCUGAAUUUUUUUUGUUCCUCCUGGCUUCUUGAGAUUUCUGUUCAUCUAGUUUGCAGUGAGGAUGAGUGAAAGAAAAUGUUCUUUUCUUUCUUUCUUUUUUUUUUGCAAGGUGGGGAAAAAGCUGAAAUGUAUAUAUGGUUACCCCUAAUAGCUUUGCACCAUCCGAAGUACAGGUAGUCCUUGAGUUACAACCGCAAUGGACUCCCCCAAAUUUCUGUGGCUGAGUGAAACAUUUAAGCGAGUUUGCUCCGUUUUACGAUUUUCUUGCCACCUUUGUAAAUGGACCACUGCACUUGCUCAGUUAGUAACAUGGAUGGUUAAGUGAAUUUGGCUUCCCCCGUUGACUUGGCUCAUCAGGUCACAAAAAGUGGAUCAUGUGACCCCGGGGACACUGCGACCAUCAUAAAUAUGAGUCAGAUGUCAAGGAUCAGAACAUAAAUCUCAGGAUGUUGCGACAGUCGUAAGUGUGAAGAAAUGACUUUUUCCACUGCCGUUGCGACUUUUGUCACUAAAUGAACUGUUGUAAGUCGUGGACUACCUGUGGUAAUCUUUUUGGCGAAGGGUUAAGAGUCCAGAAAAGGGAGCAAAGGUUCAUCUCAAUCAGCCUCUGCUAUCUUUAUUUGGGAAAAAAAAAAUCUUAAUCAGGAAUGUAAAAUAUAAUCUGCCUCUAUAAGAAUGUUCAGAUGGCUUCGGCUGUGUCUUGCACGUUCGAUUAUGUAAGGAAGCGGCCGGCCUUCAGGGAAGCUCAAAGCAGCUUCGGGAGGCAUCUGUUCAGAUUAUUUUCUUCGCGUUCCCUGAACUGCCGCUUUCGGCCCCCACGGUUUGGCUGCUUUCCCUUCUGAGGUGUCAAAGCGUGGCGCGGAGUUUUUUUCCCCCCAACAUGUGACAGCUUCUGAGGAUGAAAUCCAAGUACCGAAGCCAGCUCAGAAGUUUCGCUGUCUCAGAUGUCCUCCUAGUUCUAACUUCCUGAUUUAUUUUCUUUUCUGGGAGAGCAGCAUUGGAUCUAUUGGAGUAGUGUGAAUGGCCUUGAGGGGUGGGGGAAGGAGGGAAAGAGAUGCUGCCUAGGGAGCGGUUGGAUAAGAGAGGCUACGGCCUGCAGCUGAAUAGCAGGUAGAGGAACGAGGCUCAGAAGGGACCCUCCCUAAAUUCCUAGGCUGUAAAAGUGGGGAGGAGCUGCAUAGGGAACAGUCAGAUAAGAAACGACUUAGUAUGCAGCUGCAUAACGGGUGGAGAAAAAGACUGAGAAGGGACCCUCCCGAAGUUCCCAGGCUGUAAAAGAGAGGAGGGGGAAGAAAUGCUGCCUGGGGAACAGUCAGAUAAAAGAGGGCUUAGCCUACAGCUGUAUAACGGGUGGAGAAAAAGACUGAGAAGGGACCCUAAGUUCCCAGGCUGUAUAAGAGAGGAGGGGGAAGAAAUGCUGCCUGGGGAACAGUCAGAUAAGAGAGAACUUAGCCUGCAGCUGCAUAGCAGGUGGAGGAAAAGACUCAGAAGGGACCCUCCCAGUGGUGGGUUUAUAAUAUUCUUACCACCGGUUUGCCCCGCCUGCGCGCCAUCCACACAUAUGCCUGGCCUUCCACGCAUGUGCUUUGCUUGCGCACACGCCUUCACUUGGCCUCAAAAACGUGGCUAAAUAGGACAGCAUUACGUCCGGGCGGGUGGGCAGGCCCACCCACAGUCACCAUUACCAGUUCGCCUGAACCGGUACGAAUUGGCUGAAUACCACCUCUGGACCCUCCCUAAGUUCUCAGGCUGUAAAAGCAAGGAGGGGAAAGAAAUGCUGCCUGGGGAACAGUCAGAUAAGAGAGGGCUUAGCCAGUAGCUCCUUAACAGGUGGAGAAAAAGAUUCAGAAGGGACCCUCCCUAAGUUCUCAGGCUGUAAAAGAGAGGGCAGGUGUUUGAACUGUCAGAUUUUACUAUUGUAACUUUACUGUAAAGUAGAAAUAGCUAAUCUGGUCAUAUUUCCUCUCUGGUCUGCCUGGUGACAGCCCCAGUCUAAUACGAUCCUAUGGAUUUUUUGAGCACAUCCUGCGGUCAGCCCAGGGUACCUAUUGAGCACGGCUGAGCUAACUUUGAAGGAUUGGGGGGCGGUUUGGGAUCAGAAAUUGCGAUGUGGAUCCCUUCGCACACCUGAAAUACCAGCAGCCGGAAAACGGAGAGCUGAGAUAACGUGGUCGCCCAUUUUCGUGUACAAUAAAUGAUUUGAGAUAAAGCAAAUGAUUCAUCA